AUUUUCAUUUCCAACAAAUAUAUAUAUAUAAAACGCAAACGUCUCUACACAACCGUUGAGCCAUUGCAACAGGAGUCGACGACAAUUACCACUAUUUACGCUCUUCCACAGAACACAUUGUCGUUAUUGAAGCAUGGCUUUCGUAGCGCGUCGCAAUACCGAGGGUCAAUUGGUGGAUUGUCAGGUGAUUUCUGGUCGCGGGACUAGCACCAUGGCCAUGUCCGAUCUGAGUGACGAGGACACCGAUUCGGGCACAGUGCAGGGCUAUAGCAAUCGCUCCUAUAUCUCGCCCACUGUGCGCUAUGUGACAUCCAAGGAUGACGACGAUGAUCUCGACAGCUGUUUCACCUUUGAUGGCAUUCGUGGCCGUAAUAGUGCCAACAAUGUGGAGAACGACCUCGAAUCGGUGGUCUCAUUCGAGGGUCACUUCGAUGACUCCGCCAAGGCCAAUCCCGCUGAGGCGGAGAGUGAUACUGGCACUCUGAGUGAUUAUCGCCUGGACAUGGCCAGCGAUGAGGAGACGGUCAAGUGCGGUCCAUCUCCGACUGCUGAUGCAGCUGCUCAACAGGAGGACAAUUGCAAGGCUGACGAUCUCGAUUCACUUGAUGGCGAGACCGUUUGCAGUCCAAAUGCAUUCGGUCAGGAGCGUCUAGAUGCACUGAGCCUGGGCUCCUUGGAGAGCCUUGGGCUGCAGCCAGAGGAUGAUAUCCAAAGUCUUUGCUCCAUCGAGAGCAGCACGCUUGGCCGCGCCACGGUCUGCCCGCCGGUCGCCCAGGAGGACUCUUUCAGCCUGGGCUCGUUGGACAGUAAUUCCGUUUAUCGCCUCAUGGAGAGCCGCAACUCGCCGGACAACGAUAAUACCGAUAACCAGAGCCAGGUGACCAGUCGCACCUUCAAUAUGAAAUCGUCGGCAGUGCGCCGCAGCGAUUGCUCCUCGGUAUCCAGCUGCAGUUGGACCGACAUGUAUGGCGGGGCGCUGAAGCAGUCGGAGAGUCGCAGCAAUAUAAUACCAUCGCUUAGUCUGAACUUGUCGACUGCGUCGUCGUCCGGCUCGUCCACAUACUUUCGCAAUCUGGAUGAGGAUAAGGAGCGUCAUGGCCAGGAAGCCUAUCAGGAGUGGGUGAAGCGCAAGGAACGCCAGAAGCAGGAGAAGCAGCAGGCGGCCAAACAGGAGCGCGAGCGGCGCGACGCUGAGACUGCACUGCGUCAGCGCCUGGCCAAGGAGCGCUAUCAGGAGUGGGUGCGCCAGAAGGAGCUGCAGCAGAAGAAGGCCGCCACGGGUAGCAUUAAGAGCGCCGCCAGCUACGGCAGCUACUCGAGCACCUCGAGUUUCGCUGGCCUCGCCUCCGGCAGCGGCGCCAAUAAUCGGGCGCAACGCAAGGAGACCCCAGAGGCGGCCAAGAAACGUCUGGCCGAGUGGGAUCGCAUCAAGACCCAGCAGCAGCAGCGCGAUCGCGAGCGUGAGCGCCAGAAGCAGCAGAGCAAGGAGCAGCUGGAGAAGCAGCGCAAGCAGAAAUCCGAGGGUGCCUGGCAGAACUGGAUGAAGUCGGUGAGCAAGCGACCCAAGCCGGUGCCACUCAAUCAGGGCUUCGAUACACUGCGCGGCACCAUAUCGAAUAUAUAUGUGAAUCCCGUGCAGUGGGUCUCCAAUAUCGAUCCCAAUGACUCUCGCGGCAAUUGAGCCCCAUUGCUCAAUGCGCGAGCCAUAGUCGUUUUCAUCGGCAUUUCAAGAAAUCCCCCCCAAAAAAAGUACAAAAAACUGAUCGCAUCUUGAAUAGAUCCAACCAUCUGCCAAUCAAAACAACAAACUCAUAUUUGCCAUUUCCUUGGUGAUGUUGGACCCAGCGCAGAGAGAAAAACA